AGUAAAAUGCCGUCUGCCAAGUUUGAAGUUGUAUGUACACAAAUUGGCAUUUUUACAGAAAAAUGUAAAAGGACUCCCUGGCUUUGUUUUAAAUUUGAAUUUCUUCCGCCUUCUUUCUUUAACCAUCUAUCUGCAUGGUUUAUCCGAAAAUACUGCCCUAGCAAAAUAAAUAGUAGUAUUGCAUUAUACCGUGGUAUUUGUGUCUUUGACAUUGAUACAUCUGGUUGUAAAAAGAUUCUUGUUACGAUGUCGACUGAUACCAUUGCUCUUCAGGUUGUGUCGUUUUCCAAAAAACAGGAGAGAUUCGGAAAUACGUGUAGCGAUAUAUACAAUGAAGCCACACAAUUAAUUGAAGAUAUAAAAGAAAGAUAUAACGUGAAAAUAUCUUUUGAACUCCAUUUCAAAUGCAGUGAUGGCGUUUAUUAUACAGAUACUUUUGAAUAUAAUUGGCUGACAAAAAAUAAGGAGUGUUUCUGUUCACAGCAUCAGACAGCACAUCAAUCUGGAAAGUUAUACUCGCCUUGGAUAAAGAAUGAGGUUAAAAAGAGUCCUGAUGACAGAGCAAACAUACGCACGAGUCCGGAAGACCUCCUUCCAAAAAAUGAAUCAGACAAAGAGAAAGAUUUCGCCCGAGAUCAAAUAUCUGUCGAAACCAACCUGCCUGUUUCUGUCACUUUGCGUCAACAGAUAAAUAUUAAAAAGUCAACGAAUGAAAGUCAGUACAUUUCUAGCUGUAUCAAAAUAGGUAAUACAUUAGUGUUUACCGACUAUCAUAAUAACCGACUUAUUAUUUGUAAUUCAGAUGGUACUGAUAUCCAUCACAUUCCUCUGUCCUAUGCACCAUUUUAUAUAUCAGAAGUAGAAAGUAACACUGUAGCAGUAUCCGGUACAUAUUUCAAAACCAUACAGAUAAUAAAUAUGUCUACACGUUCUGUCACCAGUACAAUCAACACCAGAGGUGACCGCUGUGACGGAAUAUCAUAUAAUGAUAAUAACCUGUACGUUGUGAUUGCUAUGAGAAAAAUACAUGUGAUGGACCUGACAGGUAAAGUAAUACGUACUAUACCGGUACCUACAUACGGUAUCGGCGACAUUACAGUAGACAGAAACAGGUUGAUUUGUAUAGACACUACAUCAAUAUACUGCUGCUCGUUAAAUGGAGAAGUAAUGUGGAAGUUUGAAAAGGAUGAAUAUCAAGAUUUACGUCGUGUGACAACAGAUAAGGAGGGGAAUGUUUAUGUGACUAAUGAAUGGAUAUCCACUGUUAUAGUUGUAUCUGAUGAUGGUAAACAUCAUAGAGAACUUCUUACUGAAUCAGAUGGAUUGGAUAGGCCGUGUGGAAUUUAUUUUGACAAAAAAGAAAAUAUUCUGAUUGUUAAUAAUGACGUUGACGCAAAAACAUUUCUUUUUGACGUAAACAAGAAAUAA